AUGUCAACCUGGGAACCAGAAUCCGGGUUGGCUAUUGCCAAAUUUCCAUUUCUUGCUAAUGGACAGAAGCAAAUUCCAAUGCUUGCUGGCGAUCAGUUUGAAAUUUACCACAAAUCAAAAGAUUGGUACCAUGGAAAGAAUAUAUUUUCUGGUUUAGAAGGUAUCUUUCCAAAAUCCCAUGUUGCGUUUUAUCCUGGCCCCGGACAGCAUCAUAAUAUACUACUUUCGAAGCCAGAAGACUUACUUUUAAGGGAAGCUUCGAUAGCAUUCAGUAAAAUCAUCGAAGAAAUCCAAGCCAAGCACAAUUCAAUUUCAGAUGAUGAGCGUCUUAAGCAAUUUAAUGUUAUUUUCGAUAUGAUUUCGAAUAUAGACUUUAUGAAAUCGAACCCGGACAAGGCCGAAACCUUCUUAGAGCACCAUAGAAAUGUAGCUUCUUGCAUUGAUGAAAUCUACAAGAUCCUCAACGUUAGCCUCAACUUGAGAUCUUUCACGGCUUCUCCAACUACUAUGACAACAUGGGGCCGUGAAAUGUUCGUCCAAGGACAAGAGGCGACCGUUAGGUACUCGUACCCUUCGUAUACUCUUGUUCGAUUGAGUAUUGAAAUCAAAAACUUGAAGAAACUGACAAGUUUCAGAUUUGCAGUUUGCCAAUCGAAAAACAGUCCGUUUACAUCAUCACCAAUCUCAUUCAAAUUUGAUCCAGCUGAUUUUACAAAGGGAAAUCCAAAAGUUGAAUUACUCAUCGAUCAGUUAGAUCUUUCUACGGUCAAAGAUCAGAUGUAUUUAGCUAUAUAUUCAUAUGAUAUCAUCCCUAUGAAGAGCGGCCACGACGAUUGCAGAGAAUGCAAUUCUUGUGCGUUAGUUGAACUUCCAGUCUGCAGAUCUCGUACAAUCAUCCAGAAAUCACAGGAAAAACCAAUCGUAAGAGAAGCAGUCUCCAGAAUAGCUUCUGAUGACAAGAUUCAGAACCUUCAUUUCGAUCUCAUCAAAGAGCAGGUCAAGACCGUUGGCAUGUUAAGCUACGAGGUCAAAUUCUCAGCUUACCAAGGAACUUACGAUACAUUGGUUGAAAAAUUCCCUUCAUUGGCCCAUUGUACGAGAAUCGACCCAUUCUUCCUCCCGCAGACCGUUCUUCCGACUCAGAAGCGUUCAAUUCUUUACUUUACAAUCAAAGAAAUCGAACAAAAGUCAAAAUUCAAGCGAACAAGAAUCGUAAUUCGUCUUCUCGAUAACCGCAAUCAGUGCUUCAUUCCUUGCAUAGAAAAUAUCGAGUCCCACCAAUUCGACCAAAUUGCUUGGAUUUCGGCUUCAUUUAAGGGUAUUCAGAAUUUGAGGUCCUGCGAGACAUUUGGUAUCGAUCUUUCUAAGACAAAUACAGCCCUCGAAGACCUCUACCUCGCAAUCGAGCUCCAACGCGCUGAUGGAUCAGUUAAACCGUCAGGAUAUACAGUUAUUAAACUUGCCGGCCCGAACGGAUGCCUUCCACAGAACUAUUCGACAAUAACAUCGAAGCUCUACCACUUCUCAGUCAGAGAUGAGUUUCCGAAAAUUUCUGAUUUCAAUAUCAACCCAGAGAAGCCAAGAGGCAAAGAAAAGGCACCGCAGUCAAUCGGCCACAUCAUCUACACCCUCUCCUUCGCUUCAACAAACUUAACGAACGACGAAACCCUCUAUAAUCUCGUAGACUACAAUGGAAACAACAAUAACCUUAACAUAACGCUCAGCAACUGGCAGAACAUCCAACUCUCCGAGUGGUCGAAGUUCGUCAGAGAGCUUCUCAAGAAUUUCUGCUUUAUCAUCGCAAACAACUCAGCAUUAUCGAGCCAGGCAUUCCAAUGCUUACGUACGAUCUUUACUUUGAUAUCUGUGACACCUUCUUACGGUGCACAUAUCAAAUUAUUGGAUGAAUUCGUCGAAGGAGACUUCCCACGCAUAAUCAAGGAGAACAACAGCCUCGGAGAAUUCUGGCUAAUUAUUGGCCAGAUAAACGAAGAGUUUACAAAGCAAGAUACAAAUACUAUGGAAUAUAGAAACUUAAUCAAGGUUUCUCCAUACAUUUUGAGGCUCGUCGCAACAUCCUUCAAAGCUUCAGUCAUCGAUCUCAAGAUGAACAAGAUGAUUGACAGAUAUAAAGAAAAUAUCACCCCAAUUUUCCAGAAAUUAUCCGAAAUCGUAAGCGAAUACAACCCAGACGAUCCACCGCAGAUCAAAUCCCUCGUUUUCGCUAAACAACAGCUCAUUUUGAGGUACUUUGCCCAAAUUAUUGCAGCAAUCCACUGCAGUUUCGUAGGAGAAGACGUAAAAUGCAUCACAGACUACGUAGUUAAUUUCAUUAAGGCAAUCAGAUACCAUCCAGAGGACAGAAAGCAAGUUCCAAUCGACAAAUCAAAGCUCCGUGUUAUGCUUGCACUUUCUACAACCGAAUGCUGGCUCAACAAGACCGAGAGAGACAUCCUGAAGCCUCUCUUCGCCGAGGAGCUCAACAGGGCCGCUAAACUUCCUCAUUGCAUUGAAUUGGUCGUCGUAGUUCUUGCGUCACUUUUCUUUUCGGUUCGCGAUGAUUUUAUCGUUCAAUUUAUUCCACUAUUAAGGGACGUUUUCUUCCAUCCUAUUCCUGAGAACUUGACUCACAGGACACCUCUGAUCAGACUGAUCCUUACUGUUGCCUUCACAAAUCCGAAAGUAUUCGUAGAAGAACACAAUGACUUGAUUAUCGAAGUUAUGAAGUCCAAAGAGAUUGGUCCACAGGAGAGAUUGUUCCCAUUCGCCCACUACUUGAGAGAGAACGCCAAAGUUCUCAAGAAGAAGAUGGCUGACGACAAAUUCAAACUCAAAGUUGACUUAUUAUCAUCAUACUUAGAUUUAUCCAUCGAAGCACAUAACUGCUCAUCCAACGGUCAACUCCAUGAAAUGAUUUAUCCAAAUGUUUCCGAUUUCACCGUAAUUAACCAGUUAAUGCAGGAAGUCAAGCGAGGAGACCUUCCUCAAUUCGGUGGAAUCUUACUACCACUCAUGACAUGUUACGCCCUCUACUCCAGUUCCGAUAACAAACUUACAGAUCUCAUGGAAAUUUACUUAUUCCUGAUGCCUGUUGGUUUGACCGUCCCAACAAUGAGGGCCAUCUACACAUUGAGGAAAGAGCCUGGCUUUGAGAGGGUUAUGAACCUAUUUGACCCUGAUAUCUGUCCAGAUCUUUAUAAGUUCGCUUAUUACACAUCCAACAUCACGAAAGAAGAGCAGAUCGAAGCCAACCAAGACUUACUCGUCAAUUCAUACCUCGGACUGACCGAUUACUGCAGAAAGAACGAAAUCAACGAAUUUAUUCCAGAAUUCUCCUGCAAACUCGCCGAAUUACAAGCCAUGUCCAAAUCCAACAUGCUCGAAGCCGCCCUGUGCAUUGUACACUGGUGCAGACUCGUUACUCCCAAUGAUUUGCCACCAGAUUCUCAAUUAAAGCCAAAUAUUCCAUUUAUGAAGCUGCAACCAGCAAAUCUGAACGAGGGCAUUGACGAGAAGUACAUCAUUGAUCCACAACUCCCAACAAAGAGAGUUUGCAGAUCAAUCCGCGAUAUUCUUUUUGCUCUCUACGUGAAAGCGAUCAAACUCGUACAAGACGCGAUGGUUCCAGACUUUGCACUCGACAUCAUCCGCGAAUGCAAGGAACGCGUGAUUUUUGAUCGUAAAUUACGGAUCAUGGGAUUAUUAGACGAACUUUUAACUCUCGAGAGCCAGAUCUACACUGCAACAGCUGCAGAACACAUUUUCUUCUACUACUACCGCGUUGUUUUCUUCGGCAACGGCUUCAAAGAGUUCUAUCGCAACAAGACAAUGAUGUACAGAAUGAGCGGCUUCAAGAACAUCAACCAGUUCAUCAAAGACUUGAAACUGAUGUUCCCUGGCUGCAACGCGCACCAGUCACAGAAAGAGUUCGACAAAGAGAAAGAGACACUCGAUCCACAGAACGGCAUGGUCAUUUUGGCCACAAACUGCGAACCAACAUCACAACAGGAAGUUGACGAUGUUUUGGCCAUUCCUGACUACGGCGGAAAUGGUCCUAAAUUCAUCGGCAACUUCAAGAAGAUUGAGAGUGUCUCUGUCUUCAGGACACGCAUUGGCAAACCACAGAAAGGAAAGGAGUACGUGAAUGAGUUUGCAGGAGCAUUCACUGAAGAAACAAUUUACUUCACUGACGGAUCAUUCCCUGGAUUGACAAGAUGCAUUCCUAUACAGAACGAGAAGACACAGACAAGAAUGAUCACUCCUAUUGAGAACGCAAUCAUAACAAUGAAAUCAAAGGCUAUGGAAGUCAUAACAGAAAUGAACACAAUCAAUUUCUGCGAGCAAACUAAGUCAGGAACUCCAAAUGGCCAACAGAUUUUGUUGUUGAUAUCUGGUAUUGUUGAUGCUGGUGUAAAUGGUGGUACACAGAUGUACAUCGACGCUUUCUUGAAGCCAGACUUCUUGGAGAACCAUCCUGAUGAAGAGAAACACGUAAAACAGUUGAGAGAGUGUUUCUCAGAAACAGUCAGAAUUCUUAACAAAGCAAUGGUUGUCGCUGGAAGACACGUUCCUCCGGGAAUGGACAAGAAGUACGAAUCUGCUGUGGCUGCUUUCGGUCCUUUGAAAGAUAACUUCAAAUCAAUCGGAAUAGAAAUCGAUGAAGAAUAA